AAGAGGAAGGGCUUGUAGGGAAGAAGGAAGUGCAGUUACACUGAGGAAGGAUCAAAACAACGAAAUUGUUUUGCUGUUUUAAUAGACAAAUUCAGGUGCAUAUCGAAUGCGAAAGGCUUCGAGAAGCCUGGGAUUUCUCUUUAAGUUCUGAUACAAAAGCUGGGAUGAAGAUUUUUGUAUCUAAUUUCAGUUUAUUUAAUGGCAGGUAUUGGAAAUUUCACAGUAAAAAGGAAGAUCUUUUUAUCAGAAAUAUAAGUGCCUUAAGCCAUCGACAAAGGUAUUUACAUCAUCCGUAAAUUAAUCGUGCAAUAUUGAAUUUGAAGUGUGUUAUUGAAAUUGGUUACUUUGGUGUUGAGUUAAGCGAGCGCAAAAUACACCGAACUGUUUUGUGCGCGCGAGCUGAGGAUCUUUCUUCUCCACGGCCCGUUGUCUCGGAGGUAUUAAAUGCAAGGCAAGCUUUGUUGCAGGAUUAGCAAAAUGGCUAGCUCCAUUAGCUACGCAGCUUGAUAGGCCUGAAAAGUUUAAGCGUUCGCUGUUUUUUUGAACGAGACAUUUGACCGAGUUUGUUGUGGGCCAGUGCAUAGCUAAUUGUUAGCCUAACUAAAUUAGUACGACCGUUGUUGAAUAUCUAACUAAAGUGUCCAAAGCAAGACAGGGGUGUAAAGACAAGUGUAAUUUUGUUUAUCAGAAUUGAUGACCUGACCUCCUGGUGGUGACAAAUAGCAGUGUAGUAUUCAAACCUAGGUGCUAAACAGGGGAUGAGUGCAUUUUAAACAAUUUAUAUUUUGCAUAAGAAAACAAACUCAAGAUGAAACUCCUGGAAAAUUCAAGUUUUGAAGCCAUAAACACCAGACUCACCAUUGAAAUGGGGGACUGUCAGAUAAUAGGAAGGAUCGAAAGCUACUCUUGCAAGAUGGCAGGCGAGGACAAGCAGAUGUUCAAACAGUUCUGCCAGGAGGGACUGCCUCAUGUCCUGGAAGCCCUGUCCCCUCCACAGUCCUCAGGAAUCAGCCCCAACAAGUUGAGCCAGAGUCAGAGUGGAGACGAGGGAGAGGGGCCUCUCUCUGACAAGUGCAGCAGGAAGACCCUCUUCUACCUGAUUGCCACCCUCAACGAAUCCUUCCGCCCCGACUAUGACUUCAGCCGCACCAAGAGCCACGACUUCAGCAGAGAGCCCAGCAUACACUGGGUGUUCAACGCGGUGAACAGCAGUCUGUCGGCGGCGGCUGGGGAGGAGUACAGUCGGCUACAGCCCCAGCUGUGGGAGGCCAUUGACACAGAGAUCUGCCUGUCGGAGUGUGACAUCUACAGCUACAACCCAGACCUGGACUCUGACCCAUACGGAGAGGAGGGCAACAUGUGGUCCUUCAACUACUUCUUCUACAACACGAGGCUGAAGAGGAUCGUCUUCUUCACAUGCCGCUCGGUCAGUUUAUUCAUGGCCCCACGGGACUCUGGCAUUGGCAACGAACUGGACCUGGAGCUGGAUGAAGAUUGUUAUGAUGAGAACAUGGAUGAAGAGAGUAGGUAUGGUGCCCUGUGUGCCCAGUGACGCGCCAGUCCCAUUCUCAUGCAGGAGCAGACAGUAUACUUGGAUGUCUGUCUGUACCCACGUCGCCACCAUUUCUCUUACAAUCUUAAACUCGUUCGGGUUGGGAUUUUAUUUAAACAUUUUUCUUAUUCAUUUGUUUGGUGGACCUCAUGUUUGGAGCUCUGUUACUGUUACUUUAUUUGUCUCAUUUUAGUUUUCCAUUGCUAUGUUCUCCUUACCUUGUUUAUCAGAAGCAAAAGCAUUUAUGUUUGGUGUGUGUUGUUUGACCUGGUAUUGGAGCAAGUUCUGGCACUCAUUAAUUUGCAACAUAUUUCACAUUGUCUAUCCUUUAAGCACAGUUUGGGAUUUUUAUGAUCAUGUUCUGUUUUUCAAGCUUUACCAUUCCAAAGUGUAGGAUGUUGUCGUACCAAAUUGACUCAACUUAGGUUUAGGACCAUUCUCAGACUGCAUGCUUGAGGGCAUGUUUGAACACAAGGGGGCAUACUCAACUUAGCUGAUGGAAAACUCACAUACCAGCUUGAAUCAGUCUGCCUCUUGGAUAUGUUAUGCCUUCCAUACCAAUGCUACUCAAACCUACAAUGUUUUUAUUUAUUUAGCGACAGGACUUAGUGCAGUCUAUAGUUUUAUGGGUCAAGCCAGCAAAUGCAAUUCUGCUGCAUCGCUGUUCCAAAAGUACAGCAGAAUCUAGUUCUGAUUCUCAAUCCUAUGAUGUGUUUUAAGGACGAGUGUGACGUGCAUUCUCAUCCAAAAUACAAACUCUGCCUGUAGAGUGUACUGUUUGAACCUAAUUUACAUAUCGUGUGUUUUAAUAACUUCAAAGUAUUUUUAGGUAUUGCUUUAGUUGAACAGUUUUUAGUUUGUCUGAAGAGUUUAUGAUCGCAGAAGUCUAGCUAUAGAGCAGUUUCCGUUUAGUCCAACUGUCGCUCUCUCACCAUGUGUGGUGUUUUGAAAUGUAAUUUUAGACUUCUAGUUUCAAAACAAAUCUAGUCUGAGUUUCCUUUCACUAAGAAACUGCCAGUAGAGAUCCGUGAUGCCUAUCGUCCAACUUUCCUUAUCAAAUGACACGAUGGAAAUGUACUUAAUAUAGAAUAACGCAUUUGUGAUUAAUGGGAGGACUGAAGGCUACCUAUUUAGGGCUAGUAGUGUGAGUGGUUGGUUAGCUGGAUAUCGAUCCUCGCAGCCACUGUAUCAGUAUUGUGUUUUUCCUACUGUAUACCAGCUGGACAGUGUUACUCUAACAGAUGUAGGAUAUUCAUUUGAUCGCCCUGUUGCAGGUGAACUUUCCUGCAAUGCAGGACAUUUUAAACGUGUAGUGUACUUAAGGUUUAAAAAGUCACUUACACUUUGAAAUUUUACACCGGAUUUUCCCUUACAAAACAUGUCAAUUAAAUAUAAUUCACUUUUCCUGUUGCUGCAGGAUUAUUUUCCUGCUGGAGCAAACGGGCUCAAAUUUAGAUCCUAUAUCUGUAUGUGGCAUAAGUCUUGCUCUUGGCUGUUUUUGUUCAAGUAAAAUGUGACAAAGACACGUACUUUGGGUACAAAAUAGUAGAAAAAUACAGGUGGGUAUUCUAAAGUUGCAUCCAGUCCCUUCUAUGUGAUGUAUAUCUAUCUGCCUCUAGUGUAGAACAUGCUCCCUAGAGAUGUUAACACAAACCUGUCCUGAAUUUACUCAGAUAUUGAUUUCAAAUGUCAACAACAUCCAAAGUGAUCAGCGUAUUAGCUUUAGACAUACAUACUUUGUGCAGGUAGAUAUGGCUACAGUACAUAUUUCCUUGUUGAUUGUCUUAUUCUUUGUCUACAUAACAAGACGUUUUGCACAUUCAAGGGUUUUUCUUUAUUUUUUACUAUUUUCUACAUUGUAGAAUAAUAGUGAAGACAUCAAAACUAUGAAAUAACACAUGGAAUCAUGUAGAAACCAACAAAGUGUUAAACAAAUCAAAAUAUAUGAGAUUCUUCAAAGUAGCCACCCAUUGCCUUGAUGCCGCUUGGCCAUCGCUCAUCCAUAUAUUUAUAUGUACAUAUUCUUAUUCCACCCCUUUACAUUUGUGUGUAUGAGGUAGUCUUUGUGGAAUUGUUAGAUAUUACUGUGCACUAGAAGCACAAGCAUUUCGCUACACUCACAUUAACAUCUACUAGCCAUGUGUAUGCGACCAAUAAAAUGUUAUUUGAAUUUGAAGACAGCUUUGCACACUCUUGGCAUUCUCUCAACCUCUUCAUGAGGUAGUCACCUGGAAUGCAUUUCAAUUAACAGGUGUGCCUUGUUAAAAGUACAUUUGUGGAGUUGAUUUCCUUAUUGCGUUUGAGCCAAUCAGUUGUGUUGUGACAAGGUAGGGGCGGUAUACAGAAGAUAGCCCUAUUUGGUAAAAGACCAAGUCCAUGUGAUGGCAAGAACGACUCAAAUAAGCAAAGAGAAACAACUGUCCAUCACUACUUUAAGACAUGAAGGUCAGUCAAUCCGGAACAUUUCAAGAAAGUUUCUUUGAGUGCAGUUGCAAAAACCAUCAAGCGCUAUGAUGAUGAAACUGGCUCUCGUGAGGACCGCCACAGGAAAGGAAGACCCAGAGUUACCUCUGCUGCACCUCAGAUUGCAGCCCAAAUAAAUGCUUCACAGAGUUCAAGUAACAGACACAUCUCAACAUCAACUGUUCAGAGCAGACUGGGUGAAUCAGGCCUUCAUGGUUGAAUUGCUGCAAAGAAACCACUACUAAAUGACAUUAAAUAAGAGACUUGCUUGGGCCAAGAGACACAAGCAAUGGACAUUAGACUGGUGGAAAUCUGUCCUUUGGUCUGAUGAGUCCACAUGGAAGAUUUUUGGUUCCAACUGCUGUGUCUUUGUGAGAUGCAGAAUAGGUGAACAGAUGGUCUCCGCAUGUGUGGUUCCCACCAUGAAACAUGGAGAAGGUGUGGGGUGCUUUGACACCGUUGGCGAUUUAUUUAGAAUUCAUUUAUUUAGAAUUCAAGGCACACUUAACCAGCAUGGCUACCACAACAUUCUGCAGCGUUACCCAAUCCCAUCUGGUUUGCGCUUAGUCCCACUAUCAUUUGUUUUUCAACAGGACAAUGGCCCAACACACCUCCAGGCUGUGUAAGGGCUAUUUGACCAAGGAGUGUGAUGGUGCUGCAUCAGAUGACCUAGCCUCCACAAUCACUUGACCUCAACCCAAUUGAGAUGGUUUGGGAUGAGUUGGACCGCAGAGUGAAGGAAAAGCAACCAACAAGUGUUCAGCAUAUGUGGGAACUCGUUUAAGACUGUUGGAAAAGCAUUCCUCAUGAAGCUAGUUGAGAGACUGCCAAUGGUGUGCAAGGCUGUCAUCAAGGUAAAGCUACUUUUGAAGAAUCUCAAAUAUAUUUUGAUUUGUUUAACACUUUUUUUGGUUACUACAUGAUACCAUAUGUUAUUUCAUAUUUUUAUGACUUCACUAUUAUUCUACAUUGUAGAAAAUAGUAAAAAAUAAAGAAAAACCCUCGUAGCUGUGUCCAAAUGUUUGACUGGUACUGUAGAUGUCACUGUUGAUUUGUUGUGAUCAAUUUGGCCCAUGUGUGAUGACCAGGUGGUUGUCAUGGUCGGGACAGGCAAGCUUUUUUUCUGACUUCCUGAUGAUAUGGUGCAAUUACAUACUAAGAAGCAAGAUAAUAUUGCUAAAGAAGGCUAAUGCUUUUGUAUCAGAGCCACAUUUAUUUUAGUCUGUGUUAAAGACCAGGAUAUAUUAUCUGUCAAAACAUUUGGUUUUAAAUUCCCAUCGCAAGGUUGACCUAUUUAUUUAAUAUAUUGCAGAAGAGUUUAAUUUUCUUUCUGGCACCUUUUAAAGACCUCAUACUUGUUGUUUUUCUCCAUUUGUCACCAACUCACCAUGUACAACAAAGGUCUUGACUAAAACAUGUUUUUAUAACACUGA